CAAAUCGGUUAGUUCGUCGACAAGGAAGCUGGCGCUGACAUAAUCGACGAUUGACAGUCUACAGUGCGGCGUGACCGCGAAGAGUCGGUUAAAGUGUGUUUAGUGAGCACAAUUCCCGCCAGAUGGCCCAGUACUUGGAGGACCACCACAACAUGAUGUACCAAAGCAAACCCCUGAACAUGGAUACCAAAAUACCAGAAAACAAACCCUCGUUUUGCAUUGACGCGCUUCUAUCGAGAACCACAGACAGACCGACGUCACCCGAUACCUCCCGAAGCAUCUCUCCAACCUCCACGAGGAGUAGGAGCCCCCCCAUUUCUCCGGGGAGCGAGGACGUGCCUCCUACAACCUUCGUCCCCAGGCCGGGGCUCCUGAACCACAUUUAUCCUAACGGGGGAGGGUUCUACGGGUACCAAGGGCAGACUCAAGGUUCUGCGUUCCAUUCUUUGGAUGCCGGAAUGGUGCAGAAGGUUCACCUGCCUGUAGGCCCCCACAACCAGAGCCAUCUGCACCAGAUGCAGCUGGAGUGGUUCGCGAGGACGGGAAUGUUCUAUCCGAGGUUGCCAGAUCUUUCAG